UAGAUCUCAUGUGACCAGGAGUCGACGUGUGCAGAAGUCCUGCUAGUCUGGUCCUUGUUCCCGUCUGGGUACCAGCUUCCUUCGGCAGUGCAGGCGGCAGCGCCGGAGGCCAGCGGAAGGACUCAACUUGCUGGAAUUUUGCAGGUCUGUGGUUCGAACCUCCCAAGGCCACAAAAGUAGGAAAAAGAAGCGGACCGGAUCAAUACCAGAAGUAAUUGCAUUCAAAGAGGAAAAAGCAGGAAAGAAAGAAGAGGCACAAGAUGAAACCCUGUCAGAAAAUUGAAGAAAAACCAGACAAUGAGAAUGAACCAAAACUUGAGGAAGAGCCAAAGCCUGAGGAAAAGCCAGAGGAAGAGGAAGAACCAGAGGAGGAAGAAAACGCAGAAGAAACUUUUAGAGAAAGGCUGAUUCAAUCUCUCCAGGAUUUUAAAGAAGAUAUACAUAACAGGCAUUUGAGCAGUGAAGAUAUGUUUAGGGAAGUGGAUGAAAUAGAUGAGAUAAGGAGAGUAAGAAACAAACUUAUAGUGAUGCGUUGGAAGGUCAAUCGAAACCAUCCUUAUCCUUAUUUGAUGUAGUUCACCUUGAUUUACUUUACCUGAUAUUACCAUUGCUAUAGAGCUUUCUUUUUAUUAGCAUUUUCCUGAUAUAUCUUUGUCCAUCUUUCUACUUUUAACCUGUUGCUGUUAGUAGUUUUAGAUGUAUCUCUUGUUAUCUGCAUCUCAUUGUUUAUUGUAUUUUGAACCUAUCUACAAGUCUCUGUCUUUGAAUAGGAGAGAUUUACUCACUGUAAAAAAGAGGUUCCUGAUAGGAUAUAAAAUGGAAAAAAAAUUACUAAAUAAUAUGUGAAUAUCAUAUUUUUGAAUAAGGUAAGGGUACAUUUGUAUAUUACAUAUAUGCUCAUUUAAAACUUGGGAAGGAUGAAAGACAAAAAGUUCACUCAAGCUGGGCAUGGUGGCACAGGCCUGUAAUCCCAGCAAUUUGGGAGGCUGAAGCAGGAGGAUCAUAAGUUCUAGGCCAGCUUCUGCAACUAAGCAAGAACUUGCCACAAAAUAAAAAGGGCUGGGGAUGUAGCUCUGCGGUAGAGCACUCCUGGGUUCAAUUUUCAGUGCUGCCAAGAUAAAAAAAAAAGUUCAGUUUCAGUGGUGGGAUUAUGAAUAAAAUCUUCUGCUUGUUUGUAUUUUCCAUAUUCCUAAAAUGAAUACACAUUAUUG